UGCAGAGUUAGCCUACAGGGUAUUUUGUGGGCGACGUCCUCCCCUGCCACACCUCUACAGAGCGAAGCGUUUGACUGAACACGUUUGUCUUGUAGCGACUCUAAAGUUUGAGGGUGUGACCUGAACUCCAUAUCGAGCUAGUCCAGUUUGAAACUCAAAACGCAGUCUCUCCCUCCCCGCCGUGGCCAGUUGUGUUUCAUCAGAGUUUUUAGCAGACGGCGUGUCGAACCUGGAAUUUUCGGACACUUUUCUGAAGGCACCUUCAGUUGGCUACCGCUUUUUGGGAUGUUGAAGUUAAAGGCGAGGAGGAGAGAACCCGGAUACUUUUCCCAAUUUCUAAUUUGACAUUUGGAGAAGUUUCAUUGAAAUACGUUGCGGGUGUCCAGCAUUCACCCGAAGAGUAACGGGAUUGGUUCACGGACUUGUAGCCUACUUAGAACUGUUGGGACACUGAAGGACAGAAAAAAAUCAGGAUGGGGGAUGUAAUUUCUUCGCACCUGGAUGAAGGCAAGCGUGAGAUGAUAACAGGGCGCACACGUGUGGUGCUGGAGGAAUUUGGGCGUGUGUACGAGAAGCAGUACGGGGUGGCUCUCUUCAACGACGUGCGCUUCGAGAUCGAGGGCGGAGGAGGAACACAGACCCAGCUGCUGCACCGCAAGGAUCCACUGAGGGACAAGUGCAUCUUCUCUGGUAGUCUCUACAAGUACCUGGAAGAGAACAAGAAAUGGCGUCAUCGCUUCCUCUACGUGGACGACACUUACAACAUCGCUCUCUUUGAAAACAAACAGGGCCAUGAACGAGGCCUGCAUCCCAAGGAGAUCAUCAACUGUGCUGGAUACAGAGCACUGGACUCCAUGGAGGAGUACCUGGAGCUACUCAGCACCAGCCUACCUGGCGUGAAAGCCAAAGCGAGCAGCUCCCCAUUCCUCAAGUAUCCAUCAGAGUACCCACUGAUCCUGUGGCACCCGUACGCGCGUCAUCACUACUUCUGCGUCAUGACCGAGAAGGAGCACACCAAGUGGCACGCUGUCCUCCAGGAUUGUGUCAGACAUGCAAACAACGGUCUCUCCGAGGAGUCCACAGUGCAGACCCCGGCCUUCACAGACGCGCUGAGGCUCUACAGACAGUCCAAAGGCCACUACGGCACCUGGGACAUGAUGUGUGGCGAGCCCGCUCAGAUCCUGGCCAACCUGGUGAUGGAGACCCUGCACCCUGACUUGAGGACUGUGAUCGGUCCCCGGCUCAAGGGCAAACUGCAACAGAGGCAGAGGAACUGGAUGCUGAUCUCAGACGCAGUGUACAAGCAGGUGUUGUCCCAGACGCGGGCGCAGCACGAGGCGAUGGUGCAGGUGUGUGAGUCACAGCGCCCCCGCCUGGACGCGGCGCUCCGCACAGACAUGGACCAGAUCAUCACCUCCAAAGAGCACGUCACCGGCAAGAUACGCUCGCUGGUGUGGCCCCGAGCGGAGCAGCUUCUGCGGGGCAGCGUGCAGCCGUACAUCAGCUCCAUCCUGGAGGCCCUCAUGGAGCCCACCAGCCGUGGCUUCGCCGAGGUGCGCGACGUCUUCUUCCGCGAGCUGGUGGAGGUCAGCAAGAACACGCUCAACAAGGGAGGCAAGGACAAGCUGGCCGAGCACAUGGAGAAGUUGUCCAUGCUGGCCUUCCACCCGGUGAAGAUGCGCAGCUGCUAUGAGAAGGUGGAGCAGCUGAGUCUGGACGGCCUGCAGCAGCGCUUCGACUUCUCCAGCCCCUCCGUGUUCAUCCACCGGGCCCAGAUCCUCAUGAGACAGGAGAUGGAUAAUGCCGUGUACACCUUUGAGCAGCUGUUCCAUCAGGCUCUGGGGUCCCAGGAAGGCGACGACCUGUGUAAAGCCAUUCAAGGCUGCCAGGACAGAGUGUUAAAGAAAUAUGACUACGACAGUAGCAGUGUGCGCAAGAAGUUCUUCAGGGAGGCACUGCUGCAGAUCAUCAUUCCAUACAUGCUCAAGCAGCUUGCUCCAUCCUUUGCCAAUGAUCUGCCGCGGUUUCAGGAGCUCAUCUUCGCGGACUUCUCUCGCUUCAUCCUGGUAGAGAAUGUGUUUGAGGAGGUGGUACUGCAGUCUGUCACCAAGGACAUCAUGAUGGCCGUGAAGGAGGCAGCCGUCCAGAGGAGACACAACCUGUACAGAGACAGCAUCAUCAUGACCAACAGUGACCCCAACCUGCACCUGCUGGGGGAGAACCCGGUGGACUGGAGCCAGGAGUACGGCGGCGAGGAGGACGAUCAGGACGGCUCCUCGGUGAUGAUCAGGGACGCGGGGCAAGGGGGCAGCGGCAGGAAGCGCCGCCAGGUGGUCUCCAUGAUCCAGCUGGAUGGCAUGCCGCUGCCCUACGAGUCCUGCAUGGAGGUGCCCGGCGUGGAGGGCAUCCCGGAGGAGAACGAGGCCAUGAUGGAGGAUGUGGAGUCGGAGUCUCCUGACGUGCCCUCGUCCCCCACGACCACCACCACCACCGCCGCCUCUGGCCUUAUGGAGGCCACCAUGCCAUUCUGCGAGCCAGAACCGGACUCCCCUGACAGUAUCCAGGAGAUCCGCACGCUCAUCAACCCAGUGGUGGAGAUGGUGGGUUCGGUUGAGAACACCGAAGAACCAGAGGAACCCGUCCUGUCUAAUGGAGUUGAGUCUUUGGAGGAGGUAGAGGAGGAGAAAGAGGAAGAAGAGGAGGAGGAGGAGGAGAGUGUAGCCACAACAACAGCAGAAGAGGAUGCUAAAGAGGCGGUCGUCUCCGGUCAGGAACAGGAAGAAGAACAGGAAGUACAGACCCCAGCAGCCAGCUCGCAGGAGAGCGAGGUGGCCGCGGCGUCGCAGGUGAUGCAGGAGACGCAGGAGGACCAAGACGCUGAGCUACCGGCAGAGAUCGACGCCGCUGCCGUCGCCGUCGACUCCGACUCGAAUUCCAGCCCACGUCACGACGACAGCGGCUUCCAGUCGCCAACCAACGAGGCGCUCGAGGAAGAGGAAGAGCAGCGUGAGAAAGAGGAGAGCCUGUCAGUGGGCGAGGUGGUUAAAGCGAGCGCCAUCGACCCUAAGGAGGUCGUCCUGGAGGUCGGGCAGCAACAGGUGCCAGAGGCCUCCCCCAGUGAAGCGUUACAAAAUGGCGAGCACACAACAGACGUUCUUCUGUGAUGUCACAAAAGCACAAAGGAUGGAUGUGGACAUAUCUUAUUCUUGAAAUUUUUGAAAAAAAUUGUUUCACUACCUUUUUCUUUUGUUUUAAAUUGACAAAGUUGACCUGGGAAUUGCCCACAUUUCUCAGCAGCAAAAGAUUUUAUGUUUCCUUCUUCUUUUUUAUUUUUUAUCUCUUUACCUUUCAAUUUCCUUUUCUGUUUUAACCUGCAACGAUAGAUGUUUUUGGUUUUCUGAUAUUUCCUUGCUUAAAAUGUAUUUUAUAUUUUAAUUUUCCGGCUUAUUUGAAAUAUAUAUAAGAUAUUUAUUAUUCUUUUUGUACCACCACAGUAUACAGGUGGUACCCAACUGACAUUAAUAUCUAAUGCAGAUCACUGAGAAAACUAUCAUCGUCUUAACACUUCAGUUUCACUACAAACUCCAAUUUCUAUCACUGUCACCUGCUCUUACUUUGUCUAGUCACUGAAUGUAUUGUAAAUGUAGAGUAAGGUCCAUUCACUGAGAAUGUUUCUGCCUUAGCAUAUAGCAUAACCAGUCACUGGUGUGAGGGUUGGUCCGGUGUAUAGUAGUCCUGUUCCAGGGAAAUGGUAGUCCUGAUGAUUGCAGGUGUUACAUCAAGAGGGUGGCCACUCUUAAAUUAUUUGUUGGAGAUUUGUGUUCUUCCCAGAGAAAUUAUUCUGACAAUUUGACAAAAUGCCUAUAAAAGGCUUUAGUGUUUGUUACUGCGCGUGUUUUUGUGUGUAAAGGUGAUUCCAGAAAAUUACAUUAGCAGUUUGUUUUUGUUUACCUUACAGUAGCUAUGAAAACAUUACAUUUGUUGAUGUGCUCUGUACUAAGGACAUGAGAGCUCCUCUUUUGUUACAUAUUUUUAUCAUAUUAUUAUUUGUAUUAUUUAUAAUGUGUUUGCUUCCAUUUCAGCUAUAAUUUACCUCUGCUAUUCACAGUUCUUAGAUCUUAGUUUCCAGAGGACCAAACUUUAAUUAGCAUACUUAAUUAUCAAUGAUUUCAUACAGUACAUUGGGUUUUGGAUUUGUUACCAAUUUCUAUCUUACUCACUGUUCCAGCAUGUCAACUCACGUGAUGCCCAUACACCAGACUCACAGAACCUGAUAAUGUUUACUGAUAGAGCACUUAUCGUUUCUUUUCCCUCAGUGGCCUUGUAAGUCUUAGGCAAAAAUGUGUGCAGGCAAGAGAAAGAAUGUGAGAAAGUGGCAUGCAUACAGUUGAGCUGCACACACACACACACACACACACACACACACACAGAUGUGGCAGGUGCCGUUGGUUGUGUAAAUAAGCCGUGGCACGCUGAGGUCACCCGCCUCUGAUAUCACAACUUCCCUCCAACACCUGCUUGGUGCAGGAGUAGAGGAGCUUGUCUAAUCUAUAUACCCACACUUGCAACCCACCUUUGCAUAUCUUUCAGUCGGGCUGUAGUACUGUAGGUGAAGAGCCCUGGCAAACUGCUACAGCCCUUUAGGGAGAGCGUAACGGUGCUCUGGAAUGUUCUAUGGGCUUUGGUUGUAACUUAUGCAUGAUGCUCGUAGCAGAAUGACUGACUCCUUAUGCAUUUUACAGAUUGUUUGGAUGUUUUGGUCUGGUACAUGUCAAGUGCCACUUUUGUGGUCAGAUUGACUGGUUUUCACGAGGACUGCCAAUUGGUGCAGAAUGGUCCUCAGCUUAAGUGCAAAUGAAUUUGCGGAACUGUUUCUGUAAACAGGAUGUCAGGAGCAGUAGAGAGGAAUGUCAGAUUGAUCAUUUCUGUCCUUAUUUAUUACUACAACUCUAAGCAGUUGCAUUACAUCUGUUGCUAUCCCUUUUGGCUCUUGUAUCAAAUAUGCCAGAAAGUGAGUAAUUAAAUAUGAAUGCUUUUA